GAUCAUCUUGAAAAAAAGCCAUUAGCCUCUGAAGGUGUUUUUACCAUAAAAGAAAAGCCAGCUCCAAAUCCACCAUAUGUAAUGAAACAUUGAUGUGUGACUGUAACAGCAGAUCUUUGGAUAAACUUGGGUUGAGUUGUUUCAGGAGCUUAUUUAGUUUCAGGUUGUAAAAUGUAGUUGUUUUUAUUGGGACCAGAUAUAUCCUUGGAAAUAAGAUAACUUAAGAUGAGUUUCAACAUUACUUAAGGCACUGACCAAUGUGGGAAUGAGACUCAUUGCCCAACGUAUAUUUAACAAUGUUCAUAAUACACUGUAUGCCAUCAUAGAAAAAAGACAUAGAAAAAAGCCAGGGCUCAGUUAUUUUGAUACAUCGUAUUUCUUUCAUGUAGUUAGGUCUGUGAUGUUAACAAUCUAUAGCUACUUUUUUCUUAUGAAGGACAAACUCCGUCCCAUUUUUCACUCUCUCGUGAUCCAGCCCUUGUCAUGGGGAUAUUUGUCGACAAGUAAGAUGUGACCAUACUUGCAAGUGGCUUUUAAUCACAGAUAAGCAAGAAAGCUUCAAGCCCAAGAAUCCAGGGUCCAGAUUACCUGGUUUCAUGAAAUAAGUGAAUGGUCUUUGGUACUUGUAGUCUGCUGUGAAGUAACCAAGAUACAGAAGAACCCAGGGGAAGUAAAUAGAUUCUCUUACACAGGGAGGAGGAAUGAAUGGGAGAGUACCUCUAGCUGAGAAAGCUUUGUCUGAGGGCUAUGCCCGGAUCCGUUACCGGGACACCUCCUUGCUUAUCUGGCAGCAACAGCAGCAAAAAUUGGAAUCUGUACCCCCUGGGACUUACUUGAGUAGGAGCCGGAGCAUGUGGUACUCACAAUAUGGAAAUGAGGCCAUAUUAGUAAGAGACAAAAACAAACUUGAAGUCUCUCGGGAUACUGGACAGUCGAAAUUUUGCACUAUUAUGUAAUUUUCAUGCGAAUACUUCAUUCUUGAGUCCAAGCAUCAAGAAAGAAUUAGCUAAGACUGCAUUUAACUGUCAUGUUAUCUAUUUCUCAUCAUUCCUGAGGUAAUUUUUUUGAACAAGGGUCAACUUUUCUAACAGUGUUAUCUGGAAGAAGAGAGGAAGCAUGAAGUGGAUUUCUGCACUCUUAGGACAAUUUAGCUCUAAUUGUAAGUAAAACAGUAACUGGUGUCCAUUGGCUCCAUUUGGACUGUCCCAUGUAAAUGGAAAUCUGGGAGGUACUGCUACUUGACAAGGAUUUGGUCACCCCAUGAUCUUGCUGUCAUAGCACCUCUGUUCAGUAGCUUGUGUUCUGCUUCUGAGUAGAUCAAAGCCAAGUGCCCAUUUACAACAAAGAAAACAUUGGAGGGGCACGUCUAUGGGAUUUUGUUGUGUUUUGUUUUUUUAAAUGCAACUUCUGCUUAGUAAACGAGGGUACUGAUGUCAAAAACACCAGGACUUCACCUCACAUGCAGUGCUAUCAAUAGCUAGAUAAGAGUGGAAGUUUAUCCUUUGGAGUUGAAUUUCAACGCAUGUCACCAUAAUGCCAUUAGGCAUCUGGCUACCUUGGGUAUUUCUGACUUGUGGUUGAGAUUGCUUGCAUUUCUUUUAACAAAAUGAUGAUUAUGUGUAUUAUGUUGUGGUAUGUCAUACACUUAGGGCUCGUCCUAAUUGCAUUAAGGAAACAUCAUUUUCAAACACUCUGACAGACUUUAAAUUUAGAGUUAAAUUUAAUCAUGUGAAUGGCUGAACAAGGUACGUUUAUGGCUUCUUUGACAGUGUUUCAAUAUAUUGUCUUCUUGCAUUCUAUGUUGCAUUCUGCCAUCAUUUACAGUAUUUGGUGUAUUUUUGGUUUUGUGUUUUGCAUACAUCCUGAUAUGGGCAGUCUAAAUUGGUAGUUUCUGUAAUCAGUCAUUUUAUAUGGAUUUGCUGUCUGCUGUAAUUAAAGUCUACUUGGCUCCAUAAAUGUGGAAAUGUUUUCUGUCACAGCUGAUAUUUCUUUCCUAAAUAAAUCUCCCUUUUAGUUGUCUGGCAAAGAA